ACAAAGUCCAGAGUCCAAAGACCACUCAUGAACAACCCUGAAUCUGGUCGAUUCAAAGUUCACGUUAAGUGUCAUCAAAAUAAGGAAAUAUGGGGGAUAAAAAGAUACUUUGCAUUGGUUUAGUGUGUUUAGAUAUCAUCAACGUUGUGGACAAAUAUCCGGAAGAGGACACUGACAGCAGGUGUCUGUCACAGAGAUGGCAACGUGGGGGAAACGCGUCUAACUCCUGCACGGUCCUAUCGCUACUGGGAGCUCCGUGCGCGUUUAUGGGCUCGCUGGCACCAGGACCAGUUGCUGACUUCGUGUUGAAUGACUUUCGCUUGAGCCACAUUGACAUCUCUCUCCUGCUGGAGCGGCCGGGGUGCUCCUUCCCCGCCUCCGUGGUCAUAAGCAAUGUGACGACCGGCAGCCGCACUAUUCUUCAUAUGAACAGCUUCAUCGUGGGGGACUUUAAGAGGCGCGGGGUGGACAUAUCUGGGGUGGCGUGGCAGCAGAAGGGGGUGACCCCGUGCGCUUGUUGUGUGGUGUGCCCCACCAGUGGCUCACGGACCGUUGUGCUCUCCGACACAAAUCUACCGGAUGUCUCUUCGGAGGACUUCUCCAAGGUGGACCUGAGCCAGUACAGAUGGAUCCACUGGGAGGGUCGUAAUGCCGAGGAACAGGUGAAGAUGAUCCAGAGAGUGGAGGAGUUCAACCGCAGGGCCACGGAGCCAGAGAGGAUCACCAUCUCCGUGGAGAUCGAGAAGACGAGGGAACCCCUCUACCAGCUCUUCCAGUAUGGAGAUGUGGUGUUUGUCAGUAAGGAUGUGGCCAAACACUUUGGGUUUGACUCCGCUGCCGCUGCGCUGAAGGGUCUGCACAGCCGCGUGAGGAAGGGAGCUGUGCUGAUAUGUGCCUGGGCUGAGAAAGGCGCCGACGCUAUGGGUCCUGACGGUGUAGUCGUCCACUCGGAUGCCUUUCCACCCGAGGCGCUGGUGGACACACUUGGCGCGGGCGAUACUUUUAACGCCUCAGUCAUUUAUACGCUCUCUAAUGGAGGGAGUUUACAGGAGGCCCUGGCGUUCGGAUGCCAGGUCGCGGGCAGAAAAUGUGGUGUCCAUGGGUAUGAUGGCAUCGUGCCAGUCAAAGCAGGAGUGGUGGUGGCGUGAGAAGGACCAAAAACACUCUGCCUGUCUGUCUGCCUGCCUGCCUGCCUGCCUGCCUCCCUGCCUGUCUGUCUGUCUGUCUGUCUGCCUGCCUGCAUGUGCUCCUAAACCCAGAUGCCAGCUGACUCCGGAACAGUUCUGACCCAGUCCUGACCCGGUUCUAGCUCAGAUCCAGCCCAGUUCUAGCUCAGUUCUAGACCAUUUCUGACCCUGGUUCUAGCCCAGUUCUAGCCCAGUCCUGACCCAGUUCUAGCUCAGUUCUAGCCCAUUUCUGACCCACGGUUCUAUCUCAGAUCUAGCCCAGCAUUGACCUAGGCCUGGCUCAGAUCUGCAUAGCAUGAGGACCAGACCUGUUAUAUAGGGAACUGCUGUCUUGGUUAGUAACAGCAGAGGGUAAUGUCUGCUGUCUUGGUUAGUAACAGCAGAGGGUAAUGUCUGAUGAUGAACAACUUGAAGCAUAAGCCAACUGCGUAGCACUGUGACCGGCAGUUUGAUUGCUUGAAAUUCAUGAAAGGAAAACCCUCCGCAAUGAAGGUAAUUCACUUGUGUUUGUGUAGAUCAGAGCGUUCACUCCCAGCAGUGACCACAUUGUACUAAUUGUACUAAUUGCUGCUAUUUUUGAAGUUAAGCUAAGUGACCAAAACCACUUUUACUAAUUGUUAGUUUUACUCGGUGUGAAUGCAUUGAUGGCAAAUGAAGGUUAGUCAAUAGUAAUAUCAUGUCUGAUUUAAAUGGUGAGAAUGGAUAAUAUUUUGUUUCAU